AUGAUGAAGCCAGAUUUAAAUAGUCCAUUACCACAAUCACCACAACUUCAAGCAUUUGGAAGUAGAUCAUCAGAUCUUGCAACCGAGGAUUUAUUUUUGAAGAAAUUGGAAGCAAUCUCACAAACUGCACCAAAUGAAACAGUAAAGAAUGAAUUUUUAAACAAAGAAAUACCAUCUAUCAACAAAUUGUUUACCCGUUUCUUAAAGAAUAGAAAGAAAGUAAUCGAUUGGGAUAAAAUCAAUCCACCACCAGCUGAUAUGGUUUUAAACUAUAAAGAUUUACCAGCAAUCACUGAACAAAGAACUUCAGAACUCGCUUCAAAAUUGGCUGUUUUGAAAUUAAAUGGAGGUUUAGGUACAACAAUGGGUUGUACUGGUCCAAAGAGUGUUAUUGAAGUUAGAAGUGAAAAAACUUUCUUAGAUUUAAGUGUUCAACAAAUUAAAGAAAUGAAUGAAAGAUAUAAUAUUAAAGUACCAUUAGUAUUAAUGAAUUCAUUUAAUACUCAUCAAGAAACUGGUAAAAUCAUUCAAAAAUAUAAAUAUUCUGAUGUAAAGAUUCAUUCUUUUAAUCAAAGUCGUUUCCCAAGAAUCUUAAAAGAUAAUUUAAUGCCAGUACCAGAUAAAUUAUUUGGUAGUGAUUCUGAAUGGUAUCCACCAGGUCAUGGUGAUGUUUUCUUUGCAUUACAAAAUUCUGGUCUCUUGGAAACCCUUAUCAAUGAAGGUAAAGAAUAUUUAUUCAUUUCAAAUGUAGAUAAUCUUGGUGCUGUUGUUGAUUUUAACAUUUUAGAAGCAAUGGAUAAAAAUAAAGUUGAAUAUAUUAUGGAAGUUACAAAUAAAACUAGAGCAGAUGUUAAAGGUGGUACAUUAAUUCAAUAUGAAGGUAAAGCUAAAUUAUUGGAGAUUGCACAAGUACCAUCAUCAAAGGUUGAAGAAUUUAAAUCAAUAAAGAAAUUCAAAAUUUUUAAUACCAAUAACAUUUGGGUCAAUCUCAAAGCAAUGGAUCGUAUUUUGAAACAAAAUCUUUUGGAUGAUAUGGAUAUCAUUAUCAAUCCAAAGGUUGCUGAUGGUAAAAAUAUCAUUCAAUUGGAGAUUGCUGCUGGUGCUGCAAUUGAAUUCUUUAACAAUGCAAGAGGUGUCAAUGUACCAAGAUCAAGAUUUUUACCAGUGAAAUCAACCUCUGAUCUCUUUAUCGUUCAAUCAAAUCUCUACUCACUCGAGAAGGGUGUUUUGGUAAUGAACAAGAAUAGACCAUUCACCACAGUUCCCUUGGUUAAAUUGGGUGAUAACUUUAAAAAGGUUUCAGAUUAUCAAGCUCGUAUCAAAGGUAUUCCAGAUAUUUUGGAAUUGGAUCAACUCACCGUUUCUGGUGAUAUAACCUUUGGUCCAAAUAUGGUCCUCAAAGGCACUGUUAUCAUUGUUGCUAAUCAUGGUUCAAGAAUUGAUAUUCCUGAAGGUUCAGAAUUUGAAAAUAAAGUAGUUAGUGGUAAUUUACAUUGUGGUGCUUUGUAA